AUGGCAAAGAUAGCUGCUGAGGCGGUCCCUCAACUCAAAUCCCAGAUCGAUGCUCUCACGGCCGACCCCGAUGGCGCUCCCGGAGUGGUCUUCGCCGCCGUCAACAAACAAGGCGAGAUCAUCUUCGAACAUGCGAGCGGUAAGGUGGGACAUGGAAAGUCACAGCCCAUGACGAUGAACAAUGUGUUCUGGAUCGCGAGUUGUACCAAGAUGAUCACCGGGAUUGCGGCUAUGCAGCUCGUCGAGCAAGGAAAGUUGGCGUUGGACGAUGUAGAGCUGGUGGAAAAGCUGGCUCCGGAAUUGAAAGCUGUGCAAGUCUUUGAGAAUGGCAAGUUGGUGCCCAAGAAGAAAGGCAUCACCUUGAGGAUGCUCCUCUCCCACACUGCUGGCUUUGGGUACUCGUUCUUCGACCAGCGCGUGCUAGAUUGGGCUGGACCCCUCGGCAUAGAUGAAUUCUCUGGGUCCUAUCACGACUAUUUGUCCCAGCCGCUUGUGAACCAACCGGGUGAAAGGUGGGAAUACGGAAUCAACAUUGACUGGGCGGGACAGCUGGUGGAACGAGCUUCCGGUCUCAAACUCAACGACUACUUCCAACAGCACAUCUUCAAGCCCAUGGGCAUCACCCACAUCUCCUUCUUCCCCACGGAGGAGAUGAAAGCCGAACUUGCGUGGAUGAACACACGUUCUCCAGAUGGAAAGCUCUCCAUCUACGCCAACGGCCAUCUGAACAGGAGACCACUGUAUGCGACGACGAAGGAGGAAAUUGACUCGACGUUCCAUGCCGGUGGAGCGGGCUGUUUCGCGAGACCAAGCGAGUAUUGUCAGAUUAUUGCCACGUUGUUGAACGACGGGGUGCACCCAGGCACUGGCAAUAGGAUAUUGAAGAAGGAAACGGUGGAGACCAUGUUCACGAACCAGAUCCCUGAUAUGCCGAACUAUGGAAGACAGGGCAUCGCUCCACCAAAACUCGACAUGUCAAAUCCCCUUCCGGAGCUGUACCCAGAUCCGCAUGAUGUCCCGCAAGGCUGGGGACUGACCUUCUUCCUCCACCUGCGCGACUCGGCGGUCCAUAGCGAGGGAACCGGUUGGUGGGCUGGACUGCCCAACCUGUUCUGGUGGGCUGAUCGCAAGAGGGGCCUCGGCGGCAUCAUUGCCUCGCAGAUCGUGCCAUUCGGUGAUCCUAAGAUCCUCGGGCUCUGGGCACAGACCGAGGCCGGGUUGAUCCAGAACCUGAAGUAG